AUGUGCGAUAAGCUGCCAGGCAUUAGUAAGAACGAGGCGGAGAUGAAGCCGGCUGAGGAGGCCAAGACGAAAGGUGUCGCCUCGGAGGGCAAGGUGAGAGUUUGCUUCGUAUCAAUACUACCACUACAAUUAUCACUCAUCGUCAAAAAAGCAGAGGGGCAUCGAGAAGUUGCAGAAACCGAAGAAAAAGACGACUACGACGACGACGAUGAUGAUGGUGACGACGAUGACUACAACAAAGGUGAAACACUCGUGCUUUUUGACAGCAGCAGCAGCACCAGUGGCACCAGCAAAGCGACGAUUCAAGAAAAAAGUAUAAUUUCGCUGCUACAUUCUACAUACAAUAGCGUUAUCUGCGACGUGGCUAUGAGCGCAUCCAUGUUCGAUACCGUGCCCAUGACGAUUCAACGAGACCUGAAUCCUGAACUUGUGGAUGGCCUGUACAACCGCAUCGUCUCCAAAUUGGAUCUAAGCAAUGCGGAUACACCACAGCGUCUCUCCAAGCGGCUGGACGGAGAUUCUGCAGUGAAAGCGCUGCGCGUACAGCUUGUGAGGACGAAGAAGCGGUUGGAAGACGUCCAAGCGAAGCUCAAUAAUUUUGUCCUGUGA